AUGCCUAGAUCUUGUAGUAUUAAAAAUUGCAAAAGUUCAAAACAAAAGAAGGAUUUAAACAUAACAUUUCAUAAAUUUCCAUUUAAAAAUGAGAAAGUUAUGAAAUAUUGGGUUGCGGCUACAGGUCGAAAUAAUUGGUCUCCACAUUCAGAUGCUCGAAUAUGUGGUUUGCAUUUUGUAAAGAACGAUUAUUAUAAUGACAUAAAUAAAGCUCAAAAACGAUUUUUAAAACCAGAUGUAAUACCAACACAACAUGUACACACAACCAUAUUACAAAUAUUCGAGCAAGACACAGCGGAUAAAAUCAGUGAAUAUAAACAAAAUGAUCUUGUUCCUACAGUAAAUCUGAGUGAUCAACAGACAGGAAUUUAUGAAAUUACAACGAUGUUGAUAAAUAAUUCAAAUGAUGUUAUUGUAAAAGAAGAAUGGACUGAUGAACAGAUUAAAAAUGAUGAAACUACAACAAUGUUCCAAGAUAAUCCAAACAAUAAUAUUGUGAAAGAAGAAUGGACUGAUCAACAGAUUGGAAAUUAUGAAACUAUAACAAUAUUGAAAGGUUCUAAUUGUUCAAGUGAUAAUCUAUUGUUGGAAAAUGAAAAAUUGCGAAAAGUAAUAGGAGAGCUAGAAAAAUUACAGGAAGAACGUCUAAAACAGCAGGCAGAAAUGUUUCACACCUUAAUGCGUAAUAACGAAGCAAAACGGACACCAUUAGUGGAAAAUAAAACCACCAUGCAAAAAAAAAACAAGAAGACAUGA